AUGACUGACGAGAACGCAUCCUUCAUCCGCCAAUCCUUCCUCCGUGGCUAUCUCGCACCAGCCUUCAACCCCCCAUCCCGCACCUGUCCCCGCUGCCACGCCUCAUUCACCGGCUCGAAGACAAUGUGUCUCCGCUGCCUCAAAGACAUAUACACAGAACAAGCCGCCGACAAGCGCGAAAGGGGAAGAGAUACUUUUCUCUCCUACUGCGAAAACGAAAAAUGUAACGAAACUACUCACCACCUCGGCCCGGGGUGGUGUGUUCCCUGUAAUGCACAUGGGAAGAACGUGUAUCAGGUUAUUUGUGUGGACUGUGAGCUUGUGAUGGAUGUGCCAUACACCGUUAAGGAUGAUCAGGGGGGAUUUGUGGAUAUGCUCAAAGUGAGGAAUGUGUGGUGUGUUAAGUGUAGGGGCCUGGCGGAUUCGUGGGUUAGGAUGGAUGUUUAG